ACCCACUGUGUGCCAUUGCCUGUGACGUCACGGCUUUAGCUUUCGGCUGAGCUCACUCCGACAGAUACAGACACACCGAGAGAUAGAGAUAGGAGGGAAGAGAAAGUCGAGCGCAUCGCUCAUCGCACGGAAUGCUGCCGCUCCUCCUGGUUUUGGCGACUUUCGCUAGGAUCCACGGCCACUACACGAGCGGCGAUGUGGUCUACCACCCAAUGCCGCACUUCUGGACGGGCGUGGGCUUCUGUCCCGCCGGCCGGAUCGAUCACGGGGGGAUUAGCUCCGCCCUGGCCGAUCCUGCUCUCCGGAUCAACCUCCGCCAGAUUGCCGCCCUGCCCGUGGGAGCGGUGACCCACAUUCGCAUCCACUGGAUGCUGGAGCUAGUCCAAUUCUGGCAGUAUGACCCCAGCGGAGUUCCUAUUUAUGAUUUCUCCAAGUUCGAUGACUUUAUUGAUUUCCUGCACGAGGAACUGCGCCUGUCUCCGGCUUUAGAGUGGAUGGGCAAUCUGGGCGGGGUUUUCUCGGAAAACCCUCUGCAGCAAUCCUUCUACUGGGAGCAUUUGGUUAAGACUACAGUGAACCACCAGUUGGCACGACAUGGAGCCUCCCGACUGGCCAACUGGCGCUACGAAACAUGGAAUGAACCCGACAUUCGGGGGUACAACAAACUCAAUUUAACGGCUCAGUCGUACCUCGACUACGUUCAAGCGGUGCGUCGUGGUCUAAGUAAAGCUGGGAAUCCUGACACCCACGACGGAAAGCUCCAGCAGUCCAUGUAUCGUUCUUUGCGAGGUCCUGCUGGGCUCUUUAAGGACCCCAACAACCAUCCGCUCUGCUGGAAACUGCUGGAGCAUUGUAGCCAAAGAGUUGUCUAUUGUCCAAUAGAUAUACUCACUUUCCACCGAAAGGGAGUGGACGGCACUGCCACUGAGAUCCUAAAUGGCUCGUUGUCCCUAAUGGCAAAGAUCUACGAGGAGUAUCCCAAUCUUCAGCAGCUGCCGGUGGCCAAUGAUGAGGCCGACCCCGUGGCUGGAUGGGAAACUCCCCGGGAGUUUCAGGCGGAUGUUCGUUAUGGAAUUACCCUGAUGUCCACUGUGAUGCAGUACUGGCAUGCCAAGCUUGCAGCCGGUCCACUGAGAAACUUGGAGUCUAUUAGUCAUGACAACGCUUUCUUGAGCUACCAUCCCCACGCGUUCACACAGCGCACACUAUUGGCCCACUUCCAGAUGAACGAAACCAAUCCUCCCCACUCACAGUUCAUCCAGAAACCCGUAUACGCAGCUCUUGGAAUGCUGGCGAAGUUGGGCAGCCGAGCUGCGGACGUGGAAGUGGUCAACAUGGACACCAAGCACAGCGUCGAAGUGCUUCGUACAGUGUCCGGUGGUGUGGGCGGUCCUGGUCAGUACAUGGCCACCAUAUUUCUGAGUCCCGAGGAGGCGGGCCCAAAGAUGACGGCCUUUCAUCACAAGUACACGCUGAACAUGUCCAUAGCGAAUGAGUCGGCCUUCAUCACGGAGCUCCUGGUGCCACAGGCCACGGAUCCGUACCACGUGUGGCAGCAGGCGGGAAGUCCGGUUUAUCCCAACGCCACUUUAAGGGAAGCCAUGCGAAGAGCGCAGACUCCGAGGCUCUAUAAGACGGGUCCCAUCUGGCAGUACAACAGCGAGCUGGUGAUCAACUCCGCCAGCAUCCCACUGCCAUGGGUGGCGCUGCUCCGGGUGUGUUCCGCAUCGUGGCCCAAGCUGCGCCGGCCGCAGCAACUCUCUAUCGUGGAGGUAACCCACCGGGAGGUCUUUAUCAGCUGGAUGGAGCACCCCAAAUCCACGCAGUGCCUACUCAGCUACGAGGUGUGGUUCAAGGAACGCGACAGCCUGGGCCCUUCUGCCGACUGGCUGCUCAUUUCCCGCGACUGGCACCUGCCGUAUCCGUCGUUUCAGUACGCGCCCGGGGAUAAGGGAUCCGUCAAUGGUUUCUAUAAAGUUCGAGGAGUGGAUGCGUUUAAUGAGACCAGCCCGUUCUCGCAAAUAGUCGAAUAUUUGGAGCUGUAGCUCAACAGUUUAGGAAUCAAAAGAACAU